GCAGCAGCAGCCUCUGUAACAGCAGCAGCAGCAGGCAGCAGUGCAGCUCCUCUGGGCGGACGCUUCCACUCUAACCACCGCCUCUUUCUCCAACUGCACUGGGAGAGAUUUAUGCUCCAGCUUUUCUCAUUUAUGAGCUCCAGUCCACCCUCCGGGACCCCACUAGGACGGUGUGACCGCGUCAAUGAAGCGUGAAGACGGCAUGGGAAGCCCCGUGUACCCGAGAUGACCGACGGUUUGGUCCGAAUAAUCGCUUCUUUUUGUCGCCAGAGAGGGAAACUUAAAACAAGGCUUGUUUUUUGGAGUUCCACCUCCCCUCCUCUCUCCCCGUAGGAUUUGAUUCAAAGGCGAAAACCAAGAUGGCCGCCGAUUCCGUGCAGGGGGAUGCCAGGGGCCAGCAGGUGGCGGAGCGACUGGGUCUGGGACACAACCUGGACCUGUCUGACACCAUGGUUCAGCAGAAGCUGGAUGAGAUCAAGGAGCAGAUCCGCCGCGAGAUCCGCAAGGAGCUGAAGAUCAAAGCAGGCGCCGAGAACCUGCGAAAGGUCACCACAGACAAGAAGAGCCUGGCCUUUGUUGACAACAUGCUGAAAAAAUCGAACAAGAAGGUUGAGGAGCUUCACCAGGAGCUGCAGGAGCUCAACGCCCAUAUCGUGGUCAAAGACCCUGAAGAACUGCUAGAAUACCCUUUGACCCCAGAUACUCCCAACAGUGAGGCGAGAACGUGCACCAGCAGCAGCCGCCUGGCCGCCCUUAAAAGACAGAAUGACAUCGAGCUCAAGGUCAAACAGGGCGCCGAGAACAUGAUUCUGAUGUACUCCAACGGGCCCUCCAAGGAUCGUAAGUUGCUAGCGACUGCCCAGCAGAUGCUUCAGGACAGCAAGACGAAGAUAGAGUUCAUCAGGAUGCAGAUCCUCAAGGCCAGCCAGGCCAGCGAGCUGAGCUUCGAGAGCAAUGACGUGAUGGACAAGCCCAUCAUUAGCCCGUUGGACCUUCGGGUGGAGGAGCUGUGUCACCACGCCAAGAUUGAGUCUGCUGUGGCAGAGGGAGCCAAGAAUGUCAUGAAACUGCUGGGCUCGGGAAAAGUCACAGAAAAGAGAGCACAUUCAGAGGCUCAGGCUCGUUUUAAUGAGUCCAGUCAAAAGCUCGACCUCCUGCGAUAUUCCUUGGAGCAACGCCUCAGCGAGUUGCCUAAAAACCACCCUCGCAGCAGCAGCAUCGUGGAAGAGCUGUCUCUGCUGUCCUCACCGGUCCUCAGUCCCCGAUCCAGCAUCAUCUCCACACAGAACCAGUAUAGCACCGUGACUAAGCCCGCUGCACUUACAGGCACGUUAGACGUCAGGCUCAUGGGCUGUCAGGACCUUCUGGAAAAUGUCCCGGGUCGUUCCAAAGCUGCAUCUGUCCCGCUGCCCGGCUGGAGCCCCAGCGAGACGCGCUCGUCCUUCAUCAGCCGAGCAAACAGAAACCGCGGCGUGAGCUCAAGGAACCUGACAAAGAGCGAAGAGCUCUCCAAUGAGAUCAGUGCUGUGUUGAAGCUGGACAACACAGUAGUCGGCCAAACAAGCUGGAAGCCGGUCAGCAACCAGGCCUGGGACCAGAAGUUUACAUUGGAGCUAGACCGGUCUCGUGAGCUGGAGAUCUCGGUGUACUGGCGUGACUGGCGCUCGCUCUGCGCUGUCAAGUUCCUGCGGCUGGAGGACUUCCUGGACAACCAGCGUCAUGGGAUGUGUCUGUACCUAGAGCCACAGGGGAUGCUGUUUGCCGAGGUAACAUUUUUCAAUCCUGUCAUUGAGAGACGACCAAAGCUGCAAAGACAAAAGAAGAUAUUCUCAAAGCAGCAAGGUAAAACCUUCCUGCGAGCCCCUCAGAUGAAUAUCAACAUCGCCACCUGGGGCCGCCUUGUUAGAAGAGCCAUACCAACUGUCAGCACUAACUCCUUCAGCCCGCAGGCGGCUGAGACUGGGCCCAGCAGCCUGCCUGGUUCACCCACACCCUGCAGUGACCCACUGGUGACCAAGCUCGACUUUGACAAAGAGCCCACCCCAGGACCCAAACACUACCCAGCACCUGAUGACAGCCAAGAGCCCCUGGUGCAGGACAAGAUGCCCGACAAGGAGGAAGUACAGGACGCUCUCGCCUCAUUUGACUUUUUGAACAAGAGGAACAGCAUUGCGGUGAGGCCAGACCUGGACCGAGCGGUGGAGCAGGAGAUGCAGCAUCCAGACCUGGAGCUCAUUUCCAUCCAGAAAGAAACAGAGAUAAGGGAAGAAGAGCAGUUCCACUUCAGUCUCCAGGACUUCAAAUGUGUGGCGGUCCUGGGACGUGGUCACUUUGGAAAGGUGUUGUUAGCAGAAUAUAAAAGCACAGGAGAGAUGUUUGCUAUCAAAGCGCUGAAGAAAGGAGACAUUGUGGCUCGGGAUGAGGUGGACAGUCUCAUGUGUGAGAAGAGGAUUUUUGAAACGGUCAACAGUGUCCGCCACCCGUUCCUGGUCAACCUGUUUGCGUGUUUCCAGACGCAGGAGCAUGUUUGUUUUGUCAUGGAGUACGCAGCGGGAGGCGACCUGAUGAUGCACAUCCAUGCUGACGUUUUCUCCGAGCCCAGGGCCGUAUUUUAUGCAGCCUGCGUCGUAUUGGGAUUGCAGUUCUUACAUGACCAUAAGAUUGUGUACAGAGAUUUGAAGCUGGAUAACCUGCUCUUGGACACAGAGGGCUAUGUGAAGAUUGCUGACUUUGGGCUUUGCAAAGAAGGAAUGGGUUUCAGGGACCGCACCAGCACGUUCUGUGGCACGCCAGAGUUUCUAGCGCCUGAGGUUUUGACUGAGACGUCAUACACUCGUGCUGUGGACUGGUGGGGGCUGGGUGUCCUCAUCUUUGAGAUGCUGGUUGGGGAGUCACCCUUCCCCGGAGACGAUGAGGAGGAGGUGUUUGACAGCAUUGUCAACGAUGAAGUCCGCUACCCACGGUUCCUCUCGACAGAGGCCAUCUCCAUCAUGAGAAGGCUCUUGAGGAGGAGUCCAGAACGACGACUGGGAGCAGGAGAAAGGGACGCAGAGGAGGUUAAGAAACAUCUAUUCUUCAGGAACAUGGAUUGGAACGGACUGUUGGCUAAGAAGGUGAAGCCGCCGUUCGUGCCGACUAUUCAGGGCGCCAACGACGUCAGCAACUUCGAUGAUGAAUUUACCUCAGAGGCUCCGAUCUUGACCCCGCCCAGGGAACCCCGACCGCUGAACUCCGACGAGCAGAACAUGUUCUCUGACUUUGAUUACAUCGCCGACUGGUGUUAGCUUCCCCUGACCCCCAUCUACACACACACACACACACACACACAUACACACACAUACAUACACACACUGUGAACCAACACAGCAAAGACUGUAGCUCACAUCAUUUUUAAAACUCUUCCUUGCCCAAAAUGUUGAGGAGGAGCAACGAACACGGCUCCCCGAGCCUUCGGGCAAAAACUCUGUGCCAUUGAGGAGAAAGUCCAGAAGCCUCCAGAGGACCCCCACUUAUUUUUUAAUCCACAUGAAGAACUUUUUUUUUUUUUUUUUAUUAAGAAAAAACAAAUGAAACUCUGUUGUUGGAGAGUGAAGGAGGAGGGAUGCUUUGUCCUCCUGCACACGUCGUCGUCGUGUCCAUUGUCUGACCACUGAGAAUGUUUUUCAUAUGAACUCUUGAGAAGACGGCAACAUCACAAUCAUGUUAUUCAGUGUCACUGUCUUCAGUUUAUUGAUCUGUACAGAUUAUAUUCAGUCGUAUAUUUUAUUGUUGUGCUUUUUCAUUCUUUAUUUGCAAAGCCCUCGUCAUAGGUUAAAGGAAUGGUUCAGAUUUUUUAAAGGCGGGGCUGUAUGAGGUACUUAUCUGUAGUCAGAGUAUUACGUAGAGUGGAUAACAGAAGAUAAGCAAUGCACUGCUGUGGACGUGGGCAGCUGCAAAUGUAGGUUGAAGGACACCUUAUUCAAAGUGUACGCUACAUUUAAAAUAUUUUCACAGCUUUACCUGCCAUCACACAGGCCUUUCUGACGGGGAACUGAAGGUAAACCUAACUCUUGUCACAGCCACCAGAUUCCAUUGAUAAAUCAGUCAUUUUAGCUAACUGAUCAGAGGAGCUGCUGGUCUACUGCUGCCUUGAUUGGUUAGUUAGUUUGUGUUAUCGUGCGACUUUGGUGAAUCACUUUAACAUGCCAAAGUCACACGAUGACACAAGCAAAGGAACCAAUCAAGGCAGCAGUCGACCAGCAGCUCCUGUAAUCCCUGGUGUUAAAUUGCUGUUUUUCUCAAUGGAGUCUGGCACCUUCAGUUCCAGUUGGAAAUCACCGUCUGACAGCAAGGUAAAGUGAUGAAAAUACUCUAAAUAAUGAUUUUUCUUAGGUGGUUAAAAUACGUUAUGCUGCUGCCCCCAACCACAGCAGUAUGUUACAAGUAUAAUUCACUGACUAUGGAUAAGUACCCCAUACAACCCCACUUCAAACGAUCCGAACUAUCCUUAUAUGGACAUUUUAUCUCACUGUAAAGUUUGACAUUUCUGCCGGGUGUUCAGUGAGUUUGAAGUGUUCAAAGUGUUCUCACUGAGCGAUCAACUACAACAACCAUCUUGACUACUACUGCUGCUUCUUGACUUGAAAUCAAAGUAACACUACAUUUCUGUUUUUGUCUCGGGGCUUGAUCUUUGUUCACAACCUGUUAAUAACUCUUUUCUCUCUCAUGUUGCUUCCAUGUCUGCACACAAGAACCAACAGGUUAAUAAUAAUGACUCUCUCUAGUGUAAAAAGGCAGUCCAUCCAGUGUUAAUGCUACUUAAGCAGAUGAAUUAACCAGCAUCUUAGUUUUAUUUGAAAUGAGCUGGUCACUAAGACCAGAAGAACUGAUGAAAUAUUAAAUAUUUUUCUCUGUCUGAUGCCCUCUAGUGGCUCUGUAGCUUGGGGUCGAUAUUCAGCUGAGCUCAGUUAAAGAUCUAAAGUAUCGCAGCAUCUUUUGGAGCAAUAAUGUUUUCAUACCUGAGUUCAGCUGGAUUUCACUUCAAGUUUUUUGGGUUUUUUAUUCCUCAUUGACAGUUGGUUGUGAACCUGACAGCAUGUUUUCUCGUUACCUCAGUCUAAGUACAAACACUAAGUGAGUCGCACAGUUAAAAGCUACCAAAACCAAAUUGAUCCUGUCCCUCUUGAAGCAGCAGACAAACAGCUUCUCAUGGUUUAAAACAAUCUGAUGAUGGGCUGACAGAUGAAGAUGUUAUGUGCAGAAAUCCAUAAAACAAGUGCUGAGCUGUUUUUGUUUUGGGAACAUAUGAACCUCAUCUUUUCGAGGUUUCCGUCAAAAUGCAGUUGAAACGCUUCCCACACUGUUCUGUGAUCAGUUACAUGUCUCAGUCUGACGCAGAGGAACCAGCCAAUGACACUCUCGUCAGUUUGCAUGUCGUAUAUAAACCGACUCAAAUGUCGGAGACCUGUUGAUUUGAAUCACUACAGGGGAGGGCAGGGUAUAUUAUAUAUACAUACUGUAUGUACACAAUUAAGCUGAAAGCACUAAUUUUAUCAAUAGUUUUUAAUUAUCUACAUUUCUUAAUGAUGAAAAUAGAUUGUACAAAGUUUUUUUUUUUUUUUUUUAUUCUUUGCUUGUGCAUGUUGUCGCCAGAACAGAUGAAAACUUUAUGGAUGGUACACCAAUACAAGUCACACAACUGUUAACUGUUCACCCUGGUGUUUAAAAAAAAAAAAAAAAAGGACAAGGCAUUUCUGCAGUCAUUUGUUGCCCAUCAUGAAUGCACAAAUUAAACAUUUGUAAUAGUGA